CACACACACACCAACGGCACUCACACGCCCAGCUGUUGUGUUGUGGUGGAACGUUAACGGCCUCACGAGGCUCAGCAAUACGAGGCCAGAAACCCACACCAAACAGACAAUGUAGAGCAAUCAGAGCGCAUGCACCACAGCCAGCCCGCCUGCGCCUUGCUCGUUCUCUCUCCUUCGUCGCCACAUGCCGGAUGGGCACCACUACUCAACGUGACUGUGUUGAGGCGGCGCGCAUCCGGACACAGCACCAAAGUGAAAGGGAACGAAGCAAUCCGCAGACAAGGGGUUAACUCACGUCACCACGACGUCAUUACAACCAACCAACCAACCAGGCAACCAAUCAACAUGCAGUGCACCCGCCCCACCAUCAUUCAAUUCAUUCAUUCAUUCAUUCAUCCUGCAUUCCUUCCUUCCGACACCUUUAUGCGCAUGUCCACACAUGAGUGUCGCCGUCUGACAUCGAUGUUCAUGUGUGGUGCAUGUUCACCCAGACAACACACGGUUAUAUCCAUGAACUGUCUAGAUGACCCCUCCACCUUCGCCACCCGCCUUCUCUCCCCCAGUGGCCGCUUCCGUCGCAUCAUCGUGAGUGUCGGCCGCGGCACCAUCCUCCUUGGGCUCCUCUGACGUCCCCUCUCCCGCACCGUUCUCAUCCUUGUCAUCACACUCGCCGUUCUUCGCUGCAGCCGCACCAGCACCAGCACCAGCACCACCAAAGCGCUCACGACGUCGCCUCUUCUUGUCUUCCUCCUCAGCUGAGCCAUUCGCCUGUGCAGUGCCGAAGCGCUCCGCCCGCUUGCGCCGCUUCGCGCCUUCUGCCGUCUGCGCGCUCGAUGCAGCAGCAUUCACUUCAGCGAUGCCGAACCUCUCCGCCCGUUUGCGGCGCCGCUCAGCCUCCUCUGGGUCGACGAAGGUCUUCUGUGCCGACUUGCUGGGCGCUGCAUCGUCUGCAGAGGGGGAGGGGGUCUCGGAAAGGCCGAACCGCUUGGCGCGCAGAGCCAUCUUCUCGCUGUGCGCGGAUGAGCUCAUUGGUGGCAGAUCUCAAGUAAAGAAGGACACAGAAACGUAGGAGAAAGCUAGGGAAGCAAAGGAACGUUCUUC